ACCCAGCAGCGCGGCGUUGGAAAAUCACCGGUCGCCCCGCUCCUGCCGUUUACGCUUCUUUCAUUAAGCUAUGACGAUCUUAGGCGCCCAGAACUGCAUCGACACCACACCUGUCCCGACCGCUGGCACUUGAUUUACCGGUCCCGAACCUGGUCUUCAGAACCUUAGUUCCAUUAGGCUGUAAAGCAGAUCAGGCUGAUAGACCAGAACCAUCAUUGAGGCGCCAACUGUGCCCACUGACUAUUUGGUUGUCACUGGAUGUGUUUCGAUUUAGAUUAUUGUUAGAAUGACCGGAUAUGGCGCGUUUAAAGGUAUUUCUCAGAUCUGUCCUGCAAUGCAAUGCCUUAACGGUCAGCUGGUGCUUUAUGUUAACGCUCACACAGAUUUCAAAGGUGUUGAUCGACUUUUUUUUUGGUCACGACACGGCGUUUUCUUCUGGGGCAACCAACGAUCUUGUUAAUUGGUCCAACGCAAUGCCCCAUUCUGUCGUCCAACGCUGGGGCAUUGCUGAUAGCAUUGCUAUCAGGAUAUUUUCUCGUACAACGUGGAGCAAUCUCGCCGUGAUACGCAUAGCAUGAUUGUCGUGCUCAUACGCGAACAAGGCC